AUGAGCAACAAAAAUUUUAAUAUGGAAGAAGAUUUUCUUGAAAGUGCUUCUGAAGCAUCACAAUCUGGUGAAACUUCUAGUAAACGAAAAGCUGAAGAAACAGAUUUUCGUAGGGUCUUAGUGAAUAAGGGCCUUGGCUUACAUAAAGGAGUGUUACGACAAAUUAGUGAUAUCGCUGAAAAAUUUUAUUUAAGUCUUUAUAAUGAUGAGGCUUCAUGUCAAAUAUUGACAACACAACUAAUUCAAUAUAAAAACCGAGAUUAUCUAUUUGAUUUUCGCUAUGAUUCAUCCAAAUGGUUGUAUGGAACAUAUCAUUCACGUUUAUCACCUGAAAAAAUUGAGAGUAUAGUUCAAAUUUAUUCUUUCUAUAUUUCUAACCUCAAAAAUGAACUCCAAUAUUAUGAAAAAGAGUUAUCCGAAAAUGAACUUCGUGAUAGUACAUUAGCUCUAACCACUUAUGCCACUGUAGAAAAUAAUGUAGUUUUAGAAAAAAGUGAAGAUAUUUUGGAAUCUGUUCAAUUUAAUAAUGAAAAGCUUGAAAUUAGUUCGAUAGCUGAUUUAUCACAUAUAAAUUUUGGUGGGCAAGGUAAUAUUGCAGAAGCAUCUUCGACAACUCAAGGAAUUG